AAAAUCAUUAUUGCAUUAGAGCAUACCGAAUGAAAAGUCUUUAUUAGGUGUUGACUAGUUCACAAAUUUGCUCAAUAACUCGUCUCAGUUCGCCCAGUGAAUAUGUGUAAACUUGUAUUAUUUUUGCUGAUGGCAUGGGGCUCUUUAACCCUUAUAAUGGCCGCCAAGAGGAGUUUCAAUUUGGUAAUUUACAAUGUGACCUGCAACAAAUACGCCAAACGCAUAACCCGUUUUGAUUGCACCCAUAGAAAGGUUUCCACAGGUUGUUAUUCGUCUGAUUACUCCAUCAUGCUGGACCAAACUUUAGACAAAGACGCCGACUUACAAUUUUUGGUGACUUUUAUACCCAUGAAGGGAGCGAAGUUGGUGAAGUUUUUGGAUGUGAAAAUUAAUAUUUGUGAUGCCUUGAGCCAAUCGAAUUCCUCGCCAUUGCUUAAGUCGCUAUUGGAAGAGUUUAAGAAGAAAAGUGAUCUACCUAAUGGAUGUCCUGUCAAAGGGGGUUAUUUGUAUUCGGUGGCUAACUACAGUGUGGACUCCACUACCUUGCCUCCCUAUGCGCCAAUUUUGACAUUUAAUUGUACCGUAACCAUUUUCGAGCACAACAAGAGGAUUGCCAGCAUACGUACUAUGGGUGCAACUGUACCCAGACUUUAGAGAAUGGAGUAUAAAAAUUAUUAGUUUGGGAUAAAACAACACCUUUUUUGGGGUUUUCAAA